AUGCCGGGAGGAGUUGUAGGCCUCGUCGCCACGGCCGACACAGGCCGGAUCGAGGCCCCCGUCACCCUCAAAGCCUACAUGAUGUGUGCCUUCGCUGCUUUCGGUGGCAUCUUUUUCGGCUACGACUCGGGCUACAUCAACGGUGUCAUCGGCAUGAAUUACUUCGUUCACCUCUACACCGGUCUUGACCCCAACGACCCUCGAUUCAAUGCCAAGACCGGGUCCGAUCCCGGUGGCUUCGCGCUGCCCUCGUGGGAGAAAUCUCUCAUUGUCUCCAUUCUCUCGGCCGGCACAUUCUUCGGGGCCCUCAUGGCGGGUGAUAUCGCCGACUUCACCGGUCGACGCACGACAAUCAUCUUGGGCUGCAUUGUCUUUAUCAUCGGUGUCAUACUACAAACCGCCUCGUCCACCUAUGGACUGCUGGUUGCCGGUCGUCUCGUGGCCGGUUUCGGGAUCGGCUUCGUCUCUGCCAUCAUCAUCCUCUACAUGUCAGAAAUUGCCCCGAAGAAGGUUCGCGGUGCCAUUGUGUCGGGAUACCAAUUCUGCAUCACCAUUGGCCUGCUCCUCGCCUCUUGCGUCGAUUACGGCACGCAGAAUUACACCACGACCGCCUCCUACCGUGUCCCAAUCGGUCUACAAAUGCUCUGGGCCAUCAUCCUGGCCACCGGUCUCUUUUUCCUUCCCGAAUCACCCCGUUAUUUUGUCAAGCGAGGCAAGAUCGACCGUGCUGCCGAUGUGCUCGGCCGUCUGCGUGGCCAGCCUCGCGAUUCGGAAUUCGUGCAGACGGAACUUGCUGAAAUCGUCGCCAACCACGAGUACGAGUUGCAAAUGAUACCCCAAGGCAGCUACUUCACCAGCUGGGCCAACUGUUUCAAGGGCUCCCUCUGGGUACAAAAGAGCAACCUACGCCGCACCAUUCUCGGGACAUCGCUCCAGAUGAUGCAGCAAUGGACCGGUAUCAACUUCAUCUUCUACUUCGGCACCACUUUCUUCCAGCAGCUGGGCACGAUCAGCAACCCCUUCCUCAUCGGUCUGAUCACCACUCUCGUCAACGUCUGCUCGACCCCAAUUUCCUUCUAUACCAUUGAGCGAUUCGGACGCCGUACGCUCUUGGUCUGGGGCGCGUUGGGCAUGGUGAUCUGUGAGUUCAUUGUUGCCAUCAUAGGGACUGCGGACGGAGGCAAUCCGACGACCGUCAAGGCCGAAAUCGCAUUCAUUUGCAUCUACAUCUUCUUCUUCGCCUCUACGUGGGGUCCUGGUGCCUGGGUUGUUGUAGGCGAGAUCUACCCUCUGCCAAUCCGCUCCCGCGGUGUCGCCUUGUCAACUGCCUCCAAUUGGCUGUGGAACUGCAUCAUCUCAGUCAUCACCCCCUACAUGGUCGACAAGGACGAAGGCAAUCUAGGCCCCAAAGUGUUCUUCGUCUGGGGCGCCCUCUGCGUCUGCUGCUUCAUAUACGCGUACUUCUUGAUCCCGGAAACCAAGGGUCUUUCCCUUGAACAGGUGGACCGUAUGAUGGAGGAGACCACACCCAGGAACUCAGCCAAGUGGGUGCCGCACAGCACCUUCGCCGCGGAGAUGGGUCUCACGGAUAAGGGAACACUGGCGCCGGAAAUCGUGGAGGAUGUGGAGAGGAAGGGAAGUGUGGUUUGA